AUGCGGCGGCAACUGUUCGUGUUCUUGCUGCAUUGGCAGUGGCUCGUGCCAAGCUGUCAAACGCUAGCAAUUAAUCAGGAAAAUUCUCUGUGGAGUCCACGAAGUCUGGGUCGCGUGUUGCAGCAUUGUUUGAGCGGCGUGCAGAAGUGGCAAUGUCUGGGCACAGAGAGUGAACGAUUGCUGGAUGCUGCCACAUUGGACAACAGCACCUGGCAUCUGAGCGAGUAUCUGAGCAUUGAGCCACAGCAGUCAGCAAAUGCUACGCAGAAUGCACGAACGAUGAAAGGAUUCGCUGGAAAACUGCUGCAGUUGGCACAAGGACGAGCGUUGCGUAUGCGUUUGCCCAGACAGAUAACCAUCUCGAAUGCCAUCGAUGAGUUUGGGGAUGUGGAUCAAGGUCGCAAGAAGAAGGACAAGGAUAAGCACAUGGCCAUGAUGGGCGGAAUGAUAAUGCUGGCUACAUUCGCACAAAUGUUCCUCGGCAAGGUGAUUCUCAUCGCUGGCUCAGCCUUCAUUAUGGCCAAAAUAGCGCUGCUCAUCUCGUUGCUGGGCAGUCUAAAAAAGGGUACGACUGGUCACAGUGGUAGCUCGGAUCAUGUGAUAGUCACUAACUCGGGCUCCAGUUCGGGCCACAGUCACGAGAGCGGCUGGCAUCGCAGCAUGCCUACCAACAGCUAUAGCCCCGCCCAGCUGGAGAUGCCCACCGAGGACGCGAGUCAUGGCCAGGAUCAGGCCUAUUAUGCCUAUGAAACGGAACAACUGAAUCGUCGUCACUUGGCUGCGGCAACAACAUCAAAUACACAAGAGGCAGCAGCCAUAUUGCCAAUGCGUGGUUUUCUCUAG